CAGAUAAAAUCUGUAUUUAGAAGCUCAGUCACUCCGAUUUCCCCGUAAAAGUUAGUCGUGAAUCCCUUGCGGAAAUGAAUAAAAAGGGGAAACAUAAAAAAGGGAAAGUUCCUAAUCCGAGUCCUUCGCAGGAUGAGAAAGAGGUGCCUAGUGGGGAUAAAAUUGAGGAGUUGGUGAUUGGUGAUAAAAAAGAAGAUGUGCCGACUGUUAGUGAUAAUGUCCAAAUCCCGGAAGAAAAAGUUGAAAGUGCCCCCGAGAGAGUGCCGGAAAUUGUGAGUGAAAAUAUCAAACCCGCUAUCGAAACGAAGGAUGAAGAUUCACCGAAAAAACCUAAACGGAACAGAGGUAAGAAGAAAAAAGGCAAAGAUGACGACUUCGAUGAUUUCGAAGAAAUAUCCAAAGAAGGUGAUAAAGAGCAACCUCCGGAGAAAUCUGAUGUUCCAGAAGAAGACAAACCAGAAGAUUUACUUCCAAUAACACCGACAACUCGUAAAAAGAAGAAUAAAAAGAAAAAUGCAGAACAGAAAUCUGAAGAACCUAUUCCGCCCGAAGAAGAAGUUCAAAAUCUUCCUUCUGAAAUUAAACAAGAAGAGAAAGAAGAUGCUAAACAGGAGUUUCUAAAAACAGAAUCAGUAGAGCCAGAAGUAAAACCAGCGAAAAAGAAGAAAAACAAAAAGAAGCGUAACGAUUCAGAACGGUCUGACAAAGAAGAAAUUUCAUGUACUUCUGCUUUCCAGAAGAUUCUGGACGAUAAAGACGAAACUGUAGAACCCAAAGUAGAAGAAAAAGGUCAGGAUAAUAUUAUUUCAUUGGAAGCUACGCAGCCAGAAGUGAGUAAAUUAGAGAUAAAAUCUGAUCAACCAACACCUGCUAAGCUUGAAGAGCAGGACAAAGAAGCACCUAUGCUGGACGGCAAAGGUAAAAAGAAGAACAAGAAAGAUAAAAAACAAACUCAAAAGCCCGAAGAAAGCCCGAAGAUAGAUAAACCUAUUGCAGAACAUACUUUACCAUCAGUAGAUGUAGAAAAACCCCAACAAGAAAUAACUCCACAAUCAAUACAAGAAAUUGCUGUGGCUGCUCAAGAAGAUAUGCCUAAAGAAACUGCCUUAACAGAAGCACCUAAACCACUUGACAAAGAGAGUCCAAAGCCUAAAGCGAAAAUUGCAAAGCCUGUAGAAAAGAAGCGUAAGGGAAAACAAGAAAUGCAAGAACCUUUGUUGCCAGAAACAAGUAUUUCCGAACUUAUUCCAGAAACAAUGAAAAUUGAAGAAGUACCGAGUCGAGCGCCAAUAAUUGAACGAACUGAACAAGAAGUGCCUGUACAAGAGAAAGAUGUGAAAAUUGAGGCUGAGACGCCGUUGCCCGAUAUUACAGAUAUUCCUUUACUACCCCCUGAUGAAGAUGAAAAACUAAUUGCUCAAGAGUUCGAGUUGCUCGCAGAGAAAGCAAUGGGUAAAAAAAGGAAAAAGGCUUCUAAAAUGCCAAAAUCACUUGAUAUACAAGAACAAAAGAGUCCAGACAUUAAACAAUCAGAUGUAAAAGAAGAUGUUUUGAAGGAGCCAUUACCUGUUAUCAGUGAAAUAUUAACACCGCAAGCGGAACAACUAGGUUUUAAUAUUGUGAGUGAAAAAUGUGAAAGACCAACAACGCCGAUACCAAAGGUUGAAGCAAAAGAAAUUAUUAAACCUCCUGAACAAGCUGAAUUUCAAGGAAAAGUAUUGUUAACCCCUGAAAAUGUAGCUGAAGAAAAGGAAUUCACCAAAGAAGAUACACAAAAGACUGAUGAUAAACAGAAGACUGAUAAAGGAAAAAAACGAAAAAAAUCUCCUAAGCCUCCAAAAAGGACAGAUACGCAAAUUGAAGAGUUGUCUGUCUCUCCAAAACCUGAAGAAGUUCUUAAAGAAACUAGUACACCCGAGGAAACUACCCAACAAAGUUUGUCAGAAAGUAUUGACGCUUCUAAUAUAACAAAGAUGUAUGAUAUAGAAAUCAGUAGCAUCAAACCAGGUGAGCCUGAAUUAACCCCAUCCGAUGCAGUCCCAGAUAUAACUUAUCCACGUGCUACAAGUCAACAGCUAAUCGAUCCUAACAACAACACUGUUAUAAGGGAAAUAUUUCCAGUACAGCCAGUGACGCUAGGAUCCAUACUCACACCUGACAUUAAAGCACCUGCUAAUAUUGAUUCGAGUAUUAAGUCCCCUGAAACAGCAAAAUCCACGGAGGCUUCACCCCCGAGAGAAGAGAAAACAGAUCUGAAAUCAAAGAUGAUGGAAGUUAAUCAAGAUAUGGAGGAAUUAAGACUAUCUAUAGAAAGGUCUUUAGCUGAACUAACAUCGAUAGAGAAAAGCGAGGAUACUCUUGAAAAACAAUUUGAAGCAACCAAACAACAAUCAGAACGAAUUUCUAAUAUUUUAUUUGACACACCGCCAGUGUCCAGUGUUUGUCAAGAUGUCGAUAAAAAGACUGAUACUAAAGAAAGUUCCAUUAUACCAUUAGGAGUGGCUGAAAUUACACCAGCACCCGAAGAAACGAGUAAACCGGCCAUGGCUACAUUACAACAGAUUAUGGCCGAAGAAAAAAAGACUGCGGCAGAUCAAAGCAAAAAGUCAUCAAAGAAGCAGAAAAAACACGAAGUAAAAGCGGAUAAAAAGCCAGACAAUUUGUUUAUACCUUUUAUUGAUGAACCACCAGUGGAACCUACGGCUAUAGUAAAAGAAAAGUCUGUAGAACCUCAGCCAGUUGAUACUUCAUUUACUGCUAAAAAAACUUUGACUGAAGAACAAAAGAUUAUCGAAAGACCCAAAAGUCCCAUUCCAUUACCAGCACCGGAAAUAAAGCCAUCUGCAGUAGCGACACCUGAAAACGUUAAGGACGAUGAAAAAGAAUUAAAAGCAAAAGAGCAAAUUAUAGAAUCACCAGCAGACGUACCCCCAGUGUGUCCUGCAAGGAAAGAUCAGAAAGGGAAAAAUAAGAAGAAGAAAGGCAAGCAAGAAACUCCAAUGACGGCCACACCACAGAGUAGCAGCACAUCAAGUACAUCAACAACUACACAAUCUCAGACAACACAAGAGCCAAAGAAGGAAGAAAAGACUGAGUCCAAAACUGAAAAUAAAAGUGAUAAUCAAAACAAAGGUGAAACAAAACAAAAGGGAAAACAACAGUCAGGUGGCUUAGAUUCUACAACCCAAGAAGACAUUCAUUCAGACUAUGAACCGAUUGAAAAUUUUGAAGAUGCCCUAACGUCAAGCGUUGAUGACGUAAACAAAACCUUUGAAAUCAUAGUCAAGGAAUCUCAGGAACAAAAUAACCCAAAAAUUAACAUAAUAGCACCGGAUGAAGAAAAAAAAACUGUUUCGCCGCCAAAAAACUUGCUAAGUCACCACGAUAUUCCUGUACCAUCGAAUAGAAGGGAUUACAAAAAGGAAAAAGAUAAAAUACCAAAUGAAAUCACUGCCAAAGUAAAGAUAAAAGAUUCUGUGGAAGUUGAAAGGAAACAGUCCAAGAAUACCCAGACGAACAAUAAAAUGAAAGACUUUAGUAAGGAUUAUAAGAUUAAUGAUAAUGAUGAUUUUGUUUACAAGUAUAGUUUUAGGAAAGUUUUUCUUCAGAGCGCUUGUCAUGUUUGUAAGAAGGCUUUGAGUGGAUGUCGCGUUCCUUGUAGUUUUUGCAACUUGCUGUUCUACUGCAGUAAUAAGCAUAAGGAUGAAGAUUGGCCGCAGCAUCAGGCGUUGUGCUUCGCUGUCUCAACCAUCGUUCACCUGAAGGAUCAAAAACACAUCUACGCCGACGCAAAGAACCUGACCGGGCAUGACUACCGUCUGAUCAGGAUGCAGAUGAUAGUUUCAUGUGAGAAGGUGCUGAAGCGAAGGUUGGUGCCGUGGGAGCAGGAGGCCCUACUAUACCCGAGGGUCUGCGCCCACGUGCCUUGCAGGGAGUGGAGGCAGAACAAGCUGAGCGACUGCCAGGAGUGCGGACAGAUGUCGUAUUGCUCGGACAACGCUGACCACUUUCCCAACACUCACGCCCGCUGGUGCAAGUCCUACUCCCUGUAUGAGAAGCUGGUGAGCUACCAGCAGACCCAGGGCCGGUUGGAGCCGAAGCUCCCCACCAGAGUUUUGAAGGAACCGCAGCAAAUCCCGGAGAAGAUUAAUGAGGUCCUCGCGUCCAUGUAUGAGGAGAAAAUUGAUAUGAAUGACAUCCAAUACGCAGCCCUCACACAGCUGGCCACUGCGCCGCUGACAGCCGCGUAUUGCUAUCAACUGUGUAAGAACAAGCUUGGGACUCUCUCUAACGGCGUGUUUAAGUCGAACUCCUUCACUAUCCACGUGGUGGGUGCUGAGCUGCAGUUCGAAGCCGACGCCCUCAACAAGUGGGAAGUCUUCUUCCUCCACCUUAGACCAGACCUACAGGAGCUGAGGGUCGUGCUCAUCAACUAUAACUUGAACCCUUCGAACUUACCAUUGGAAUUGUUGGGGAAGAUCAAGUUGUGUGAGAACUGUCGUCAGAACAAGCGCCGCGUUGUCUUCAGCUUCCAAGACAAGAGGACGUAUGCCGAGUACAAGGCUAGCGAGGACUUCUCCCAUCCUGAUAUUGUAUGUGCCUUCAACCCCAGCAUCCAAAGAUCCUCAGUGUACAACGGAAAGGAUCCCUGGCCUUCAACUAUCAACGUCGUCCUCAAACUGAAGAUUCCCUUCAUCAUCACCGGAUACACCAUCACCGAGCUUCACAAAGACUGCAUCAGGAUCAAGGAGUGUUCCGAAUCUGGUUACAACUUCAUCGCCGAGCCCAAGUACAACAAUUUCGCCAGCGUCAGGCCCGAUAGGAACUUUAUCUCUGAUGAUGAGAUGCCUUUACUCUUCAAGAACUACUGUUUUGCCGUCAUUAGCGGUUGAUUUUGGACACGUUAGGCGUAUUAGAGUGCGUUGGGUACUUCUAGUUGUAUUGGCAUGUUCUAGUAGAUUUGUUAUAUCUUAAGGAUUUGUUUCGUUUAUGUAUUCAGUUUGUUAGUUAAUUUCUGUGUGUUUCUUAAUGUUUGUAUCAAUUUUUUGUCUUAAUAAAGCAUGUGAAUUGAGGAUU